AUGACUGUCUCAACUCUUCUUCAUGCGCUUCUAGCUGCGCUUCCCGAAUCUGAUGUUGCGUCUGCGUCAGCCGUGUUUUCAUUCAUCAAGACAUUCGGUUUUGUAUGGGGCGUGACGCUACCUUCGCUUAUCUUUAACCCUGUUUUUCACAACAAUUUGUAUCGAGUCUAAUCUCCCGAUUUACGAGCUCAACUAGAGAAUGGGGCAGCAUAUUCUUUUGCUAGCCAAGCACAUCGAAUGAAAUCUUUGGUUGAUCCAAAGGUAUGGGACGAGAUUGUAGGUGUGUAUAUAGCCACCUUGAAAAUUAUAUGGUGGUUUGGGUUGGGUAUUAGUAUUGUGGCCUUUUUCAUAGUCGGACUAGAAUGUGGGUUGGAGCUCUCGACAGUUUUGGAGACCGAAUAUGGGCUUGAUAAUGGCACGCCAAUGUCAGCCGAGAAAGACACGGCAAAGACGUUAAAUGUCGAUGAGCCCACAAAAUGA